AUGCCGCAUACAAAAGUUGACCCCGCCAUCAUCGAGGCAUUGGGCCUCGACCCCGCCAACGCGGCCAUGCACUCUCAUGGCGGAUCUGGUUUUGCCUCUACAUUCAAGAUAACAUCUGAGAAGAAUGGGUCACCAGUAAAUUACUUUGUCAAAACUGGGACAGGAGAUGACGCACAAGUCAUGUUCAGGGGUGAACAUGCUUCUCUGAACGCCAUAGCUGAUGCAGUACCCAACUUCUGCCCGCGAUCUCACGCUCAUGGCGCUCUCUCCCAGCGCAAGGGUCAUCACUUCCUCGCAACUGAUUUUCUAGAUCUGGGCUCUUCAGCCCCGGGUGGUUCGGGCAGAACUCUCGCAUCAAAGGUUGCGCAGAUGCACACAACGCCCGCGCCUAUUCCAGAAGGCUACGACAAGCCCAUGUUUGGUUUCUCAGUACCUACAUGCUGCGGUGCUACGGAGCAGGACAACUCCUGGCGGGAAUCAUGGGCCGAGUUUUAUGCUGAUAACCGUCUGAGACAUAUCGCUCGUCAAGCAGUGCGCAACAAUGGUGCUGAUCCUGAGCUUGAAGAAGCUGUUGAGCAAGUUGCUGGAAAGGUGGUACCGCGGCUCAUUGGAGAUGAUGUCGUGAAGAACAUCAAACCUGUGGUCAUUCAUGGCGACUUGUGGAGCGGAAAUCACUCCAAGGGGCAAAUUGGAGGGCAGGGCGGAUGCGAGGAGGUUGUUUAUGACCCCUCGGCUGUAUAUGGCCACUCCGAGUUUGAACUCGGUAUCAUGUCCAUGUUUGGCGGUUUCAGCAAUCACUUCUGGAAAGAGUACCAUGAGCUGGUACCAAAGGCCGAUCCUGUGGAAGAAUGGCCAGACCGAGUGAAGCUAUACGAGCUAUACCAUCAUCUUAACCAUUUUGCGAUCUUCGGAGGGGGUUAUCGAGGAGGCGCAAUGUCCAUCAUGAGGAAGCUCAUUAGCAAGUACGCAUAG